AUGGCCGACACCGACCUGUUCCUACAGCCCUCCCCACGCAAGAGGUCGUCGCAGAGCGGAACCCGCUCCCAUCCCGACUCGGUCAUUUCGGCACAUUCGACGCCUCCAGGAUCUCCCGAAAGCACCGCUGAAUAUUGGGACCGCUGUGUUGAGAAGAUGGAGGAGAAUCUCGAAAAGCGCCGCAUGCGCCGCGCUGCCGCCAUGAACUCACCAGACGCAAAACCUCUCUCCCGGCGCCAGACCAGAAGGAUGGUCCUCGACAUUAUUUCGAGCUACAGCGACGACUCAACACAACUGACCCCGACCGCAUCGCCCCGGGCUCCCCCUUUUGAUUUUGGUUUCCCCCAUGAGCGAGAAAGAGCCGAUUCCGCACAUGAUAUCGAGUCUAUUGCGGAGGCCCUCGAGCUUUUCCCCAAACCCCUGGCGAGUGCGAAGAGCAGAUAUCAUGCAAACUCCCGCUCCAGUUCAUCCAUCAAGGUCCAAGGGCUUCGCAAAGAAGGCCAGACGUUAGCAUCACCCGUUCCGGCCAACCCCCCAACGCCACCCGCCACCGAGAAGAAGCAGCGCAAGUGCCCUCCCCGGCCACCGCGCCCCGAUGAGCCAUUCAUCGGUCUUCCAAUCACCCCCUCUCCGCAUCCCAACCGCGUCGUGCGCAAGCCUAUCGCGCCACACGAGCGCCGAUCAGCUGCUCCUCCCAACAUCAGGAUAACCCCAUUGGACCACACCUCACCAAGCAAGUCUACCUCGACUCUUCCCAAUCUGGAACCCCAGCCCCCAGUCCAGUGUCUGGAGCUCACACCACCCACCACCCCCGUGCGGAAUUCGUCACUUGCCCUGCAACAGCAGUUGAUCUCUGUUUGGGAGGACGAUGAUGAUGACGAUGAGGAUAAGACAGGUCUCAUGGAGUAUGUGCGCCGCACCUUGCAAGCCAGCAAGACUUCUUUCUCGGGGGAGCGCGAUAGGGAAUCAAGAGAAAGGGAGCGUGAAAGAGAGAAGGGGAGGAGGAAAGAGAGCAUGGACAGCGCUCACAGCGCUGAGAAGCGCCUCGUCGUUGGACGUAGGAGGAGGAGUACUGUCCGUCAAGCAGUGAUUCGCGUUUUCCGCUGUGGCGACAGCAAAGAGGAGCACCCAUGA